GCUGGACACGCCCCUGGUAACCUCGCAGGAAGUGUUCCAGUGCACGCAGUAGGUGUCCUACCCAUCGGGUCUUGCCAAUUCUGGUGGGCACCAGUGGUGUGUGCCCAAGAGCCUGGAAGCUGUUUACCAGUUUUGCCCGGUUCAGUGGACUGGUGUGGUGGUAGCAGCCUAAAUGAUGGACGGGGAACACCAGGAAGAGAAUCCUUCACAUGAGAAAGAAAAUGCUCUACACAAUGAAGAGAAGACUUCAUGUGAUGUGGAGAAGACUUUAUGUGACAUGGAGAGAGCUUUGUGUGACAUAAAGAAGAGUGCUGAAGAGAGCAUUUCAAGUAAUGACGAGAACAGUUCAGAUGAUGAGGUUGGACAAAGACUGGAUUCAAAAGUCCCAAAUGGCUCAGAGCCUCUUCCAUUUAAUGCAGAACACGCCUGCGAUAAUGAAUCUGAGCCGUUGCCACAAAAAACCUCCCAAGCUAAAAAACCUCAACGCAAGAAAUUUGCGCCACGGAAAGGUACACGGUCAAGCUUACGUUCUAGCACAAAAAUGACAGUCAGCGCAUGUAGUAUGUCAGAUGAUGGUAAAAGAAAAUGGGACAAAAAACACUUCUGCCUGUAUUGCAAUGAACCACACCACAAAAUUGCAAGACAUUUAGAAAGGAUACACGCAGAAGAAGCAGCUGUCGCUCAUGCUAUCAGCUUCCCCAAACUCUCCAAAAUCAGGUCUCUCUUGCUUGACCAACUCCGUAACAAAGGCAACUAUCAAGUUCUUCAAAGUGGACAUGGUGAAAUUGUGACUAAGGAUAGACCCUCUUACGAUGGUGUUUCUGUGCGUGACUGCCUGCCCUGCCAACACUGCUUAGCUUUUUUCAACAAAAUAGAUUUAUGGAAGCAUGAGGGCUCAUGUAAAGCCAGAAAAGGACAAGAUGAAAAGAGGGGAGGAAAAAGAGUGCGGGUCCAGGCUGCGUCCUCUCGACUUCUUCCACUGCCUGUCUACUCUACUGGAGGGUGUGAAGAAAUAAUACACAAUAUGAAUCAAGAUGACAUCUUAUGCCACAUCAAAAAUGAUCCCCUAAUAUGUAAAUACGGCAAUGCAUUAUCUGCAAAGCAUGGCCAUGCCAAGUCACAGUUUACAUACAUUGGAUCAAAAAUGAGGGAAUUGGCUAGAUUUGUACUUACUGUAAAUGAGAUGGACUGUGGUGUCCAAUAUCUGCAUGAAGUAUGUGUACCAUCCAAAUUCAAAUUGGCCGUUCAUGCUGCCAGGAAAAUGAGUGGUCAUGACCCUACCUCCGACAGGUACAAGACCCAAUCUCUUCCUUUAAAGAUUGGCUAUUCCUUGAAAAGAGCUACUGAAAUAGCUUUUGGGGAGAGUCGUAUGACAGAGGACCGUGAUGCAGAGGCACAAGCCAGAAGGUUCAUUGAGCUUCUUGAAAAUGAUUGGAAUAACUGUUUUUCCGGUUUGUCCCUCAGCGCUGUCCCUCAGUGUGAUGAAGUUGAUGUGUCUUCACUAACUGAGGAUUUGAUUAAACUUCAGAAGUUUCUCAAGGUUGCAGAGGACACAGCAAAGAGAGAAUUGCUCGAGAGCCCCACCAACGCUGUCUGGAAAAAGCUCAAUGAAACUCUUCUUGCCGAAAUAGCUCUCUUCAACAGAAAAAGGACAGGAGAGGUUGCGAAAAUGUUGUUGGAAACAUACACAAACAGAAAGAAAUCUCCAGCUAGUGCAGACAUUUUCAAUAGCCUCUCAAGGCUGGAACAGGAGCUUGGUGACGACAAAUUAACCAGGGUGGAAAUAGAAGGCAAAAAUGGUAGAACAAUGCCGGUCCUACUAACGGCGAGGAUGAUCUCAUCUCUUGAGAUCCUAAUUGCAAACCGAGACAAAGUUGGUGUGUCAAAGGACAACCCUUAUGUCUUUGCACGGAGCCCAGAUGCAGCAAGCUACGUCAGAGGGUCCGACUGUUUGAGGAAAUUUGCUCAUGAGUGUGAUGCGAAGAAUCCUGAAAGUCUGAUCCAUGCUACAGUGAGGAAAGAGGUUGCUAUCCAUUGCCAAAUUCUGAACUUAAAUGAAAGUGAAUUGGAUCAGGUGGCAAAAUUAUUGGGACAUGACACCCAGGUCCACAAAGAGUACUACAGACUGUCUGAAAACGCAGCACAUCUAGCAGAAAUCAGCAAAUUGCUGCUUGCAAUGGAUCAGGUUCCAGUGGUAAUUCCAGGACCAUCUGAGGAAAGGAUUGUUUCACCUACAUAUGGGGCAUAUUCUGCAGGGACAUAUUCAACGGGAACUGAUUCUGUGAGGGCGUAUCCUACUGGCACAUAUACCACUGGGUCAUCUUAUCCUACAGCGACAUAUUCAGCAAAGUCAUAUACAUUGGGGGCACAGCCUUCAAGGUCAUAUCAUGCUGGGACAUAUCCUGAGAAGUCAUAUCCUUCUGGAUCACAUUCUGCAAGGUCAUAUCAUGCUGGGACAGAUUGUGCAAGGGUGUAUCCUACUGGGAUAAAUCCUGCUAGAUCAUAUUCGGUGACACAUCCUGCAGAGACCUAUCCAGCAGCUUCGUAUGCUGCCGGGACACAUCUUGCAAGUUCAUAUCCUGCAAGUCCUUAUGACCUAUCAUCUCCUGCAAGAUCAUAUACUUCGGGGACAAAUCCUGCAAAAUCAUAUCCUCAAGAGACAUAUCCUAUGGGGACAUAUCGUGCAGGGACACAUCUUGCGGGCUCACAACUUGCAAGGUCAUAUUCUGCCGGAACAUAUCCUGCACAGACACUUCCAGCGCGUACUGUUAUUACGCCAACACUUAAUGCACAGACACUUCCUGUUGGGGCAGUGCCUGCGGUUGCCGUUCCUUUGGGUGCAGUUCCUUUGGGGACAGGUUCUGUGGGGACAGAUAAGGUGGGCACAGUGUGGAAACAGAGGAUGUGGAGUGAUGCAGCUAAGGCUGCGGUGAACCGUCAGAUGGGACACUUUAUCUCAAUGAUGGAGGUUCCAGGUAAACGGGACUGUGAAGUUUGCCUGCACAAUGAACCAGCUCUAAGAGACAGGACAUGGAGGGACAUCAAAAACUAUGUGCACAACACAGUAAAAUCUAUAAAACGAAAGAAUGGCCUUACAAGAGUGGACCCCACAAAACAGACAAAGAAAGGAUUGGCAAAGAAACAAAAAGAGGCAAAGCGUGCUAAAGAAUGGGUCGGUGGAACAAUGACAGUACCUGCACAGGGUCAAGAAGAUAGACUUGAGGCAGGUCCUGUGGCAACACCAAGGAAACAGAAGAUAUGGAGUAAUGAGGCUCAGGCUGCGGUCAGGCGGCAGCUAGGAGACUUCACUAAACUGAUGAAGAUUCCAGGUAAAAAGGAAUGUGAUGCAUGUCUUGCAGCUGAACCAGCUCUGCAAGGCAGGACAUGGAAAGAUGUAAAAAACUAUGUGCGUAAUACAUUAAUGACAAUGUGCAGGAGGCAUAUUUCAGGCAAACAAAACAUGGACCAUGAAAAACCAAGUCCAAGGACACAGAAACCAGGUGUCCAACAAAAUCCAGGGACACUGUUGGGACUUCCAGAAGAUCCUCCUGUUUAUCUGUAUUUAUGAUUACCUUGAACUAGUUUUAAAAGCUUUUGAUUUAAUCUGACAUCCUUGCUCAUUCUGGUCUCACUUUGGAACAUAAAGCAAGCAUGUAGAACCAUUUUAAGGACAUAAUAUCACUACGUACUUUAUUCUACAAAUGUAUCCGUAGUAACUAGACUACAUAGUGACGUAGUAUGAAUAUAAACUUGUUUAGCUGAAUUUUACGUACAUUUUCUCAGCUUCUUUUUUAAAAUUUUGGCACGAUGUAUUCUGACGCCCAAAUUCAAGCUACACCAACGAUGUAUGUAAACCCUGGAUUGCUGAUGCUAUGUAUUGUCCUUUAAGAGGCUUUGAAGACACUGGUUGGCCUUGUUGGCACUCCCCACUAGGAGUAGUCCUCCAUAGGAAUGACUGGAAUUCUACAGUAUUUUAAUUAAAUGUUUCAAGGACAGAAUUACAUGUGGUGUGUUGUUGUAGUGAGGACAGUAACAUUAGUACUCUAAAAUACUUUAAGGAAAUUGUCUUUUUGCCUGUACCAUUGUAUGUGUAGUUAAUGUAUAUGUGUAGGUUAGGUUUUGAAUUAAAACAACUGUUCAGCAAACCGAGGAUUUAGUGGGUUAGGAUAUUCCUGGUAGAAGUGUGGUGUGAAUGUGUUAAAGUACUACAUUUGUGCCCAGGUUAGAGAGUAUGGUUUGAUGUUUGAGCCGCUUGAAAUCCACCAAUCACGUAAAGAAAAAUGUUUCUUUGCUGUUCUAGAAUUAUACUGAACGAAAAUUAUAAGCUCAGCUUGUUACGUGUUGGUCCCAUGAGCUAAAAUAGAUGCCAGAAAUGUUCCAUAAGCACAAACUUAUUUCUCUCAAAUGUUGGGCACAAAUUACUUCACAGCCCUGUUAGUAAGCAUUUCUCCUUUACAUUACGACUUACAGUAAGGAGGGUAUACAUUUUAAUAUUUGUUCAUACUGGUCCCACGUGGGACUCAAACCCACAACCCUGGUGUUGCAAGUGCCAUGCUCUACCAAAUGAGCCACACAGGACCUCCUUUACCAAGAUAACCCAUCCACCUGACAGGUGUGUCUCUCCCAGACUGAUAAGAACCUUGGUGUGACCCUGGACAACACUCUUGUCGUUCUUUACAAAUAUCAAAGCUGUGAUCCGCUCCUGCAGGUUCAUGCUCUACGACAUCUGUACAUUACGACCCUAUUUAACACAGGAAGUGGUGCAGGUCCUAAUCCAGGCCCUUGUACUCUGUCUGGACUACUGCAACUCGCUGUUGGCUGGGCUCCCCACUUAACCCAUUAAGCCCCUGCAACUUAUCCAGAAUGCUGCAGCACGCCUGGUUUUCAAACUUUAAGUUUUCUCAUGUCACCCCACUCCUCUGCACAUUCCGCUGGCUUCCAUUCAAAGCUCUCAUCCACUACAGGACCAUGGUGCUUACCUACGGAACAGCAAGAAAAACUGCCCCUCUCUACCAUCAGGCUAUGCUCAAACCCUACACCCCAAGCCGAGCACUGCGUUCUGCCACCUUAGGUGCCACCCCAGUUUACAAUUGGCUCAUUCAUCCCCCUCCUCUCUCCUGUAACUAUUCCCCAGGUCGUUGCUGUAAAUGAGAAUGUGUUCUCAGUCAACUUACCUGGUAAAAUAAUGGAAAAAGAAAAGAAAGGAAAGGUCUCUUGGGUCUCCCAGCUCAGACCAAAUCCAAGUUCUUCUCCGUCCUAGCACCCCUCUCUGUCCUGGCAAGCCCACCCAUGGCUGUGCCCCUGCCCAGUCAUGUGAUAUCCAUAGAUUUAUAUGCUUAUGAAUUGUAACUCAGUAAAAUUAUUCCAAUUUUUGCAUGUUGCAUUUAUAUUUUUGUUCAAUAUAGAAUCUUCACAUGACUACACAAAGACCAGCCCCAUUAAAUGUUUUAUUUUAAUGGAUUAUACAUGCAUACAUACAUACAUACAUACAUGCAAGUAACUGAAAUGUGUUUUGCCAAUUGGAAACAGUUCCUUCGUUCUGUGUGUAAUUGGUUUCAGAGAAUCACAGAGCCUAUUCCUCUUGUACUUCGGUCUUUAGCUGUCCAUGUACACUACUGUUCAAAAGUUUGGAGUCACUUAGAAAUGUUUUUGUCCAUUAAAAUAACAUCAAAUUGAUCAGAAAUACAGUGUAGACAUUGUUAAUGUUGUAAAUAACUAUUGUAGCUGGAAAUGGCUGAUUUUUCUUUAAAUGGAAUAUCUACAUAGGCGUACAGAGGAUCCUCCCACUCUUUCUAUUGUUAGAGCCAGUUUGCGCUGUUGUGUGAAGGGAGUAGUACACAGCAUUUUAUGAGCUCUUCAGUUUCUUGGCAAUUUAUUGCAUGGAAUAGCCUUCAUUUCUCAGAACAGGAAUAGACUGAUGAGUUUUAGAAGAAAGUCCUUUGUUUCCGGCCAUUUUGAGCCUGUAAUCAAACCCACAAAUGCUGAUGCUCCAGAUACUCAACUUGUCUAAAUAAGGCCAGUUUUAUUGCUGCUUUAAUCAGAACAAGUUUUCAGCUGUGCUAACAUAAUUGCAAAAGUGUUUCAUAAUGAUCAAUUAGCCUUUUAAAAUGAUAAACUUGGAUUAGCUAACAACGUGCCAUUGGAAAACAGGAGUGAUGGUUUCUGAUAAUGGGCCUAUGAAGAUAUUCCAUAAAAAGCAGUUUACAGCUACAAUAGUCAUUUACAACAUUAACAAUUUCUACACUGUAUUUCUGAUCAAUUUUGUUAUUUUAAUGGACAAUAAAUGGUAGUGUAGGUCUACUUGUUUUAUUAAUGUUGCUAUUAUUCAGUACUGUCUUAACCAUAUUGAUUUCACAGCAGCAGUUUAAGUUUUUCAACACUAAUUUAUGCUGACUAACCUGUAUAGGGUGUGAUAGCUGUUGCUUCUCUAUAUUAUUUAAUCCACUUGACUAGUAAUAUUAUAUUUCAUCCACUUGCCUCCGAGAUAAUGUUAUUAUUGCAA